AUGUCGCUCACCCCAGCGGCGGAAGCUAAUAAGCAGCACUGGGAUGAAACUCUUACAAAACUAUUAGAUUUAUCCACGUCGACUGUCAAGCGCAACUCAGAGCUAGAGUCCCGCGUCGCCGAGUUGGACUUAGAGUUAUCUGUUUGGAAGCAGGCUCAUGCCACCGUUGUCGAGUCGGCUGAGCGUGACAGAAAAGCGCAUAAUGCGCAGGUCACCACCCUUAACCGCCAGAUCUCCUCACUAGAGACUAUUAAGCGCACACCCCCGCGACAGAACCAAAACCCGCUCAUCAUCUGUGCGAUCGACGCCGAGGUCAACGUCUUCCACCCGUCCUUGUUAAGGCAGGGGUACCAGGGCGGACGUCAGGCAGCGCAGUACACGACGAAGGGAAUCGCCGAGUACCUUUCCCAGGAGGGCGUGCAGGUUUUUGGUCGUUUGUCUUUCUGGAUUACCAUUUAUCUCAACCGCCGUUCCAUUCUUGAGACGCUUCUCAAUAACUCCGUCUGCACAGCCGACCAAUUCGAAGGCUUCAUCUCAGGGUUCAGUCAAACCUCGCCGCGCUUCCAGGUGGUCGAGGUCGAACCUGGCAAGGAUGCUGUCGCUUUAAAGAUUCAGCAGCAACUCGAGACAUUCACUCGCUUCCCGCAAACUCUCCGGGUCUUCUUCACGGGCGGCACUGGCGACACAUUGCUUCCGACCGCACACUCCCUCGCAAAUGAAGAGCUCUUGGGCAAGCUCGUGCUAUUCCAUGGAUCGGAUGAACCUGCCUCAGAGCUGCGCCAGCUUGCGAUCCCGACGAUGCACAUCGAUGACCUUUUCAUGGUCGGUAGGCCUGUGCCCGCCCUGCGCAUGCUGCCCCCGGCGCGGAGCCCCAUAUCCCCGCUGGGGUCUGCGCACUCCCAGUCGACCGCGGGUGGGCUGACGAGCCCCGGGUCCGAAAUUUCGCAGGCCGCCAUGUCUUGCCCUGGGCCCAUGGUGACGCCGGGCAAGCCGAUCGACCCGACCAAGGUCCCGCCGCCGUGCAACGAACACUAUCUGAUGAGCUGUUCCAAGGGCCCGGGAUGCAAGUACUCACACGACUGGGCCCUCACCGCGGAGCAAUUGGACAUAUUGGCAAAGAACGCGAAGAAGGCCCCGUGCAAUUACCUCAAGAAUGGACUCGAGUGUCCGCAUGGUAGCCGCUGCUGCUGGGGCCACGUCUGCCCGGGCGGGUCCAACUGUUUUCAUCUUAGCAAGGGAAAGUGCUGGUUUAAAGGCGAGGGCAUGCAUCCCCUGGCAGACCCAGGGGAAGAGCGGUGA